UUGAAGGGAUCUAACUAUGCUGGUCUGCUGGAGCGGCAUCGCAUUCAUACAAAAAAUGUGGAGCAUGUUGUAGACAGUUUACGGAAUGAGAGGAUAGAAGUUCGUCUUGUUAAACGUCGAGAAUAUAAUGAAGAGACAGUUCGGUGGGCAGAUGCUGUCAUAUCAGCAGGAGGUGACGGUACAAUGUUGUUGGCAGCCAGUAAGGUCUUUGAUAAAUUUAAACCAGUUAUUGGAGUAAAUACUGAUCCUGAAAGAUCAGAGGGCCACUUAUGCUUGCCUGUGAGAUAUACGCACUCAUUUCCUGAAGCACUACAGAAGCUUUACCGUGGUGAGUUCAGGUGGCAGUGGCGGCAAAGAAUCCGACUGUAUCUUGAAGGAACUGGCAUUAACCCAAUCCCUGUAGAUUUACAUGAACAGCAGCUAAGCCAAGAGCAACACAGUAGGGCUCACAUAAAUGAAAGAUUCCAGGAUCAAAGAUCUGACAUUUCUGGUCCACAUCUUUUACCAGUGAGAGCGCUCAAUGAAGUCUUCAUUGGGGAAUCUCUUUCAUCCAGGGCCUCCUAUUAUGAGAUAUCAGUUGAUGAUGGUCCUUGGGAAAAACAGAAGAGUUCAGGGCUUAAUGUGUGUACUGGAACAGGAUCAAAAGCAUGGUCCUAUAAUAUUAACAAGAUAGCACAUCAAGCUGUUGAAGAGAUCCUUAAGAUCGCUAAAAAGCAUGGAAGUUUGAAUAUGCCGUUGAACACGGAACUAGUACAAAAAGUAACAAAUGAUUACAACGAGUCCCUGCUCUACAGUCCAGAAGAACCAAAGAUGUUUUUCAGUAUUCGAGAACCUAUUGUAAACAGAGUUUUCUCAAGUAGCCAGCAGCGUGGCUUCUCUUCAAAAGUCUGUGUCCGUUCCCGUUGUUGGGAUGCAUGUAUGGUUGUAGAUGGAGGAACAUCUUUUGAGUUCAAUGAUGGGGCGAUAGCUUCAAUAAUGAUCGAUACAGAGGAUGCACUGUGCACUGUUCUGCUGGAAGAAUGAAGGACACUAGUGUCUUCUGCUGAAACAAAUUCUGGAUCCAGAGAGGGAGCUCAUGGGGAUAGAGCACAUCACAAUGCUGCAUUAAGUUGGAAGUUAGCCUUUUUGGAUGCAAGAGCAUUUG